CCUUUUUUUUUUUUUUGUCAAACGUGUCUGAAAUUACUUUUUCAUUGACAAAGUACAACUCUGUUUUGCUGCAUAGCAAGCCAAGGUGGAGACUGGGAAACAAGGAACUUUCACAGCUAUGGAAAUGGGCAGAAACAAAAUCCAAAUGCUUUGAGUGAUCCUCAGCGUGUUCGUAUGCCUUCAGUGGCAGAAUACUGGAAACCUCUUGCGGAAGAUAUGGACCCUGCUGCUGGAAUUGAAGAGGAAUAUCAUCACAAAAAUAACCGUGUUUAUUGUUGGAAAGGCCUUCGGUUUUCAGCUAGACAGGACUUGGAGGGCUUUUCUAAGUUUGCAGAGUAUGGAGUUGAGGGUGUUGUACCUCCAGAACUGUUACCCCCAGAAGUUCGUUCCAAGUUUCAUGCCAAGUCUAGCGAGAAAAAUAAGCGAGCUAAAAAGGAAGAAGAGUCUAAAAAUACUGCCACACAACCUGAAGACAACCACCUAUUUCAAAUGGUGGUGGAAGUUGGCACUGAGAUGGCAUGAUGCGGGCGGCUCCGAUUGGAUUCUGAUGCUG